AUGACGAUCAUUAGAAACGAAAGUGACCACCGCCAGAACAAAUACGUUGACCGGCAAGACAAGAUGGCGGAUUCCAGAUCUACGAAAAGGCCUAGAACUCCUGGCUUUUUUUGUAUGUGUUUACGAAAUGUGUUCCUGAUAUUCGUGUUUGUUUUGUUUGUGUGCCACGUUUCGUCCGCUGAACAUUCCAAUUCACCUAAAAUCAACGAUGACACGACGACUUCUCGUGCCUCUGGCAGCCAGAUGCACGAUGACUUGAAAAACUUGCCGCCGCUUUUCAAACAAAAAACCACGGUCGAGUUACCCCAAACUUUCGACUCCAGUCACGAAAAAUCAGAAAUUUCUGGUGAAACUCGGGAGAAUUUACAUUCAAACUUAGCAAACCCCUCCGCGGGGGGUGUGGGGCUGGACAUGGGGGUUGGUAACCCCCAAAAAGCGCGCCAUCUUGGGGUGCAAAAAGGACAACGUCUUAGCACCCCAGACAGUCGCCAUGUUGAAAAUUCGCGGCAACUCCGUUUUCACUACACUUCUGUUGUCCCAGAUAACAGCGAAGAUAACAGAGAACAAACUGGCAACAGCGAUAACAGGUACAUGCGUCUGUUUGGUACGUCCGGCAGCGCCCGUUACUUUAACGGCCGUUUCAACGGGACCGCCUCCCGCCAACAGGAAAACAGCAUCACAAACAGGGAUAACAAUCACAACGGGAACAGAGGCGAUGAGAACAACGGAAACGUUAACAUAGAUAACAGGACAACAGACACUCAUCUAACGGACAAAGAUAACAACACAAGCAAUAGAGAUAACAACGUCAACAGACGCGUUGACAGCCAUGGUGCUAGGGAAAACAAUCAAAACUUCAGCGGGGACAUCAGCAGCGAGAACAAAACAAGCGAGGAUAACAGCUCCCGGGAUAACAAGAGCAGUGAAAAGGUCAUUAAAGGCCGGGACGCACGGCGGGAAAACAAAAGCAGCAACACUAACGACAACAACAAUGAUAACAAAAGCAAGGACGACAACAGUAAAGACAACACAGCUGUCACCCACCACAACAACGAUAACACCGCCUGCCUGACUAAGAAAGAAAACAUUGUUAUCCGCGUAGAAAAAGACGAAAAUAAGGACACCCCUGUCAUCCCUCAGGACAACAAGGACAACACUGUUAUCCGCCCCCUGUACAGGCCGCGGUUCAGCGUCGAGGAGCUCCAGCGCCGCAGCUUCCAGCACAUCUAA